CCCCUCUGCAGCUGAGUUGAAAUCAAAUGUUUGUUCGUUUAUGACACGAUGAAAACCUAUUUGUUUCCCCCUAAAUGUUUAAGUUAUUUUUAAUUAAAUUAGAUGAUAAACAAUGAAGCUAACGCGAAAGUUGGUUCUGGCCAAGGCUAAGGCCUCGGACUUGGAGAGCGUGAGGAAACUGAACUGCUGGGGAUGCAGUUUAACUGACAUUUCUGUCUUCACUCAGAUGCCCAACAUUGAAGUGCUGACACUGAGCGUCAACAGCAUCUCCUCCCUCUCUCCUCUGGCCGGCUGCCUGUCUCUCAGUGAGCUGUACCUGAGGAAGAACAUGAUCCCCUCCCUCUCCGAGCUGUCCUACCUGCGCCCGCUGAGCCGCCUGCGGGUGCUCUGGUUGGCCGAGAACCCGUGCUGUGGAGCCCAGCCGGGCCGGUACCGGCUCACCGUGCUGCGCUGCCUGCCGCGCCUGCAGAAGCUGGACAACCAGGUGGUUACGGAGGACGAGCUGGCCCUGGCUCUGGUGGACGGGGAGGAGGUCCGAACCCCCACGGCUAACAUCCAGAACCAGCUCUCCAAUAACGGACUUCCAGAUGCAGAGACGGAGAACGACCCGUUGAACUACAACAUGCAGGAGACCAAUAAAAUCAGAGAAGAGCUGGGGAUGAAGCCUCUCUCCCGCGACAAGUUCUCUUCUCUUUCCUCUCCAUCAACCAGGGAAAAGCCGACAUUAAAAAAGACUCACAUUCUUGAUGCGGUUCUGCUGCUGUUGAGGGAUCUGGAUGAGGACGAGCUUCACGUGGUGCAGGCGGCCGCCCAGAACAGACUGCAGACGUACACACUGGGCCCCGGAGACACGCUGGUCUCCGAAGACACGCUGGGCCCCGGAGACACGCAGACCUUCACCAGCCACGCAGAGAUCCAGCACUAACGUACGCCAGAACCGACAUCUCAUGUCCUCCUUCGUCCCCCAAACUCAGCCUCAGGACCCUCCGGGAGUCCCGUCUCCGGGACUCGCGUCUCCCGUCACGUUUGGUCUGUAAUGCACCACAGAUUGAGCCACCUCUUCUCUUAGUGGAGCAGUUCUAAAUCUGUUCAAGUGGUGGACGGUUUUCAUUAUGCAUCUUGUUUUUAAUGCCGCAUGUCUACCUGCUUCGUAAGAACAAAAGAACGAAUGUUUUGCUAAAUGCGUGAAUUUAUUUCUUUAAUUAAAGACAGUAACCAGCAAUA